AUGGACGACGAAACACUACGAAGGUUUGCGAACCAGAUCAGAAAGACAGCUUCUGGAGGACCUCGACCGCCUGCAGGAUUUUUUGCUGGGACAGGCCUCCUUGUCGCCCUCGUCGCAGGUGGAUUCGCGCUGAACGCCAGUUUGUUCAACGUCGAUGGUGGUCACAGAGCGAUCAAAUACACUCGGUUACAUGGUCUUACAGACGAGAUCUACCCGGAAGGGACUCAUUUGAUGAUUCCAUGGUUUGAGAAGCCGAUUCUCUUUGACAUCCGUGCAAAGCCGCGAAGCAUCCCCAGUUUGACGGGCACAAAAGACUUGCAAAUGGUCAACAUCACUUGUCGUGUUCUCUCACGCCCUUCAAUACAAGAUCUACCCAAAAUAUAUCGACAGCUUGGCAACGAUUAUGACGAGAGGGUAUUGCCUUCCAUUGUCAAUGAAGUUUUGAAGAGUGUCGUCGCCCAAUUCAACGCUAGUCAGCUAAUUACCCAGCGAGAAAAUGUUUCUCGACUUGUGCGAGAGCAUCUAACAGAACGCGCGACCAAGUUCAAUCUUAUCCUUGACGAUGUUUCCAUCACACAUGUAGCAUUCUCUCCUGAAUUCACGCAUGCUGUGGAAGCUAAGCAGGUUGCGCAACAAACUGCAUUGAGAGCAGCUUUCCAGGUCGACCAAGCCGUCCAAGAAAAAGAAUCCAUCAUUGUUCGAGCCAGCGGAGAGGCUAAGAGUGCCGAGCUCCUUGGAGAAGCCAUGCGACAGAAUAAGGGUUUCCUCGAGCUUCUCAUUGCAGAGCUGUUAGCGUCGUCUGGAAACAGGGUGCUGUUGGAUUCCAAGUCACUCCUCCUCAACGUGACUGAGGACACGAGGGACUUGAUGUCACCAAAGAAGUAA